UGUGUUCAAACAUCUCGGAUGCCAUUGCAAGCCUCAGCAGGCUGUUGGACGCGAUGGACAUCAUGAAGGGUGGUUGAGGACAGCAAGGAGUCACCACCGACGUGUUGGUAGAUAACACCCCGGAUUCCACUGACCAAUCGGCGCGCGCCUCCUCCUCCGCUCCCGAUGUCGUCAAUGCGAGCCGCCAGCACCAGACACAACUCACAGUUACCCAACACCAGAAAGACACCCCCGCACAAUGUCUCCAACAGCCCUCGCGAACAACCAAUCGAGGUUCCUCAAUCUCCCUCUCGAACUGCGCCGUGAGAUCUACGCCGCCGCGCUGCCCCGCACCGUCACCAUCGCCUUGGUCCCCCGGGACUCCAGCAAACCCCCCGAUCCCCGCCCUGAUGACUGGCUAUCUUUUGUGCGACAACCACCAGGAGCGUGGCGAAAAUGGGCAAUGGGGGUCACGCCUACCAAAGAGGAGCGCGAGAUCGGCCACGACAUUGUGUGGCGCCGGGGGUGCGCCGCGCUGCUCGCGGUCAGCAAGCAGGUGCAUGAGGAGGCCGCGGAGAUUAUGUAUGGCGAGAACACGUUUGUCGUGGAUAUCACGGGCGGCGAGACUGCGUUCCGGUACAAGUGGCUCUGCGAGAAUGGAGAGAAGGGUUGCAAGCAAAUUAGCUUGCUAGGGAAUUUUAGCAUGAGGAAUUUGAUGCGGAUAAGGAACUUUAUGGUUAAUGUGGAAAGUGUGGCGGCGGAUAAGAGGAUAGCUGAUAUGGAGGAUGCGGACGGGGACUGGACAACAGAGAUCAAGUCUCCUGAGAGGGACUGGAUAUGCGCGAGGGUGCGUGAACUUGUGGAUCUGCUGAGGUCAGUGCAGAGGUUGAGGAGGCUGAAGGUGCAUUUGGUUGAGGGAGAUCGCUCAUGGCACGGUAGAAUCCCCACCAGUGGGCGAGUGCAUGUGGUGCAGGAUGCCAACUAUCUUAUAAGGACGCAGACAGUGUUGAGUCAGUUUAGAGGGCUGCAUGGUGUCGAACAAGUGCAGGUCACGGGUGUGCGCAAAGAGUACGCAAGGGAGCUGGAAGCAAGCAUGGCUGCCCCGCGAGAAACAGCACAUGUAUAGGAUAUCUUUUGGGUAUAUUGGUGUACAGCAACAUUCGUGCACACGCACCCAGCCCGGUGACCGUACA